UUUCCGAUUGUCAAACUUGUGCCAUACGUACUGCUGUGUCCAUUUACUGUUUUGUAAUAUUUCUAUUUUGUCAAAUAUAUCAGAAUUAAAAUGAUACAAUGGUUCAUGUGUUCAGUGAUUGUGCAUCUAAAAACUUAGUUUUUAAUUUCACGCUAUAAUUUAAGUACAUAUACAGAGUAACUUAUCAACAACGUAUUGUUAAAAAAUUUCAAAAAUGGAUGUCGUCGGUAGUGAAAUUGGGCAGAAAAUGCGUUCUGCCAUCAAAGCAAAAUUAACGGAGCUGGGUUGUUAUGUGGAUGAUGAGCUUCCUGACUAUGUGAUGGUGAUGGUUGCAAAUAAACGCACACAGCUGCAAAUGGAAGAUGACUUGCAAUUGUUUCUUGGUGAUAAUACAGAAUUAUUUGUCAACUGGCUGCAUCAAGUGCUGAAGAAACUGCAGGAAGUCACUGUAGCAGUCCCGCUCAAAAACGAUAAAGACAAACACAAGGAAAGAUCUGUAUCCAAAGAACGAAAGUCCAAAGAAAAGAAAGAGAAAACAAAGAAAAGUGAUAUCCUCAAAAAGUCGAAAAAGAAAGAUAAAGUGAAAGCACACAAAAAGGAGGAAAAGAAACUGCAUAAAAGCAAAAAAGAAAAGAAAAACAGUCAUGAGAGAAUACGGCCAAAUAUUCCACCAUUGCUGAUGAAUAUGGAGAAAGAUUCGGAGCCAUCAAUAACUGAUGUGUUUGCAGGACAGAUUCUUAAAAACCAUGGAGUAUCACUUGAUACAUAUAAAGAUGACGUGAAAGUUAUUGACACAAAGCCUGUGGUGAAUGAAUUAAAAAGGCCAAUGCUACCUAUCAUAGAUCCAGCAACUAUUCUAUCGCAGUCAGAUGUUUCCAAUGCAGAAGUAACAGCUAAAGAAGCUGUGACAAGCAAAGCUCCUUCAAAUAGUCAACUAAAAGAAAUGAAUGAUAUAGAAGCAAAGAUUCAAGGCUUGAAACAAAAGUUGGUAGAACAGUUAGAUUCUAUGUCCGACGAUGAAGAUUUUUUGAAUAUCCGCACAGAGGCUGAAGAACUAAUGAAUGAUUUUGCUGAUGAUGUUUUACAGGAAAUUAGUCAACCAGCAGUUGCAACACCACCUAUUAUAUCCACCUCCCCUCCAACGCCAACCAAGCCCAAAACUGCUUCCGAACCCCCAAAAAUCCCAAAGCAUCCACAAACACCUCCAAAAGAAACCCCCAAGGGGCCCACAGACAUUCUCCCACAAAUUGAACUAAAUCUCCCAAAAAGGCCCAUCAGGGAACGGCUUGGUGCUCGGGAAAUACCCAAGAAGCCAGAGGUUAAGGAAACCGAAAGGCAAAAGUCACUUAGCCCCGAAAGCUUUACGCCAGAAAGAGAGCUCGAUGUACGACCCCAAACAAAACCAGCUAGAAGCCGUCUGGGAGGUCAGUCUUCUGAGACACAUAGAAAAACUUCCAUCUCUGAAGACAACUCAGAAAAGACUGAAUCCAACACUAAAAAAAUUACAUCAAAGGUGUCAAUGCUAGAACGGCCGCGUGUAAGUUGUGCGUCCGUUGUACGAGUGCGGCCACGUCCGCGCGCGCCCGCGUCUAACUUGCUACUUCGGGCUGUCGCCGAUGCGCACAAGAGUUUGUUAAAUAUACCACCAAAAGUAGACCAAGAGCCACAAAAAGUGAAGCGAGCGUUAGUGCUCCCAAUGCGGCGGUGUGUGGACGCUAAGAAUAUUGUCAUCCAAGUUGACAGGCAGACAGAUAGUUGCAAUGAAUAUGAUAGCGGCAGCAAACCUUCACACAGAUACAUCAGCGAAAAAAAAGAUGAUUGCUCUCCAUUACAAAUUACAAAGAGAAUUCUAAACACAGAGUAUGUUCCAAGUAGAACGGCGAGUCGGAAGGAUGAUUCCCUGAUAAUUGAAACUAUUAACAUACACAACCCAACUGUAGAUAAAGACAAAGACACACAAUUUAUAGUCACUAUGGACGGAUAUCAUCCAAAUGCAUUCCUUGCUAAAAAACUAAAGACAGAAGGACUAUUAGAUGAAGAGGAUGGAGAUGGUAAUAAACUUAAUGCGUCAAAAAUUUCUAAAACAAAAGAGAUGGUAGUUAAAGAUAAAAUAGGGAAUACGGAAAAUGAAGACAUGCAACCAGUAGAUAAAGUUACAACAAGCAUAGCAAGCCUUAAAAAAAUCGAAGAAAAAUUAGAUGUAAUAGAGAAAGAAUCGGUUCUGAUGCCAAAAGAUAAGGCAACAAAGGAGGAUGAUGUCGUAACACCGAAAGAAAGCUAUGUAGUUCCAAAAGUUAAAGUUUUAAAGGCGAAGAACACAGAGGAAAAUAUGAACAAGUUAAAAGAUCAAACCGCUCCUGUUGCCAGUCAAAAGAAAAGAUUGAGUGAUACAAGUGAAGACAGUGAUACACAGGUUAUAAUAAAGAAAGAAAAUGAGAAAGGAGAUAAAAGGAAAAGUGUUGAAGUAGAAGAUAAGAAGGUGGAAAGUCCUCCGGUAAAGAAACGAAAGGCAUCUCCAAUAGUGUUUGAUGUUGAUAAGAAUGAGACAGAUAGACAAGUGAGAGAGAGGACACUUAGUGCAAGCAGUGACAGUCAUGUUACAUUAAGUACUGUGACUAGCUCACAUAAAUAUGAUUCAAUACCACCAUUGUCGCAAGGGGAGCGCAAAGUGGUGUGGUGCCGCGCGUUCCCGCUGUGCCGCUACGGCGCGGCGUGCGCGUUCGCCCACCCGCGCUGCAAGUUCCUGGCGGCGUGCACGCGCCGCGGCUGCGCCUACUCGCACUCGCCCGCCGCGCCCGCCGCGCCCGCCGCCCCCGCCGCGCCCGCGCUCGCCCUGCCCGCGCUCGCAUCUCACGUGGUGCCAGUGGCAAACUACAAGACGAUCUCGUCAGCAAUCCCAAGCAUGUGCAAGUAUUACCCGAAUUGCGCAAACCCGGCCUGCCACUUCUACCACCCUAAGCCGUGUCGGUUCGGCAAGGCAUGCGCAAACAAGCUUGAAUGCAACUUUUAUCAUAACGAUGUAGCCCCUAAAUAUACCCUUUGAAUAAAUGUUUUAGCUAUG